CUUCUAGCUUCAUGCGUCGGGCCUUCCCCCGCCCUAGGUGCGCCCCCGAAGCUUCAUUUCCCUUUUAAACAACCUCAUGCAGCCCUGUCUACCAUCUGGCUCAGAGAUGCCUCCAGAGACAUCAUGGACUUUUGGACGCGCCUCCUAGGCACAUCGCUUUCGUCGGGCAACUCGAGGAGAGAUGAUGCGAAGAACCCGGCCAAGCGGCUUCACCGCUUCGAUAAGGAAUUCAACCAUGUACUGCAUUUGUGGAGGACCGCGUCGAACCUCGCCCAAGACGACGAUCGUGCCGAAGCCAUCGAAAUACGUCUUCACGAACUCACCAACAUCUUAAGCGACGAAGCGCGGAAACCUCUACCCCAUCCUUGCAUCCAAUACGCCGCCAAGAAGCAAAUAUACGUCCCCAUCGGCAAGAUCGCGACCACCUCGUACAAUGAAUGGAUUAUCAAGGAGACCGUCAAUCUUUUCGCUACCCUCGUUGAGACAGACGAGGAGUCUUUCGUCUCCACUCCUAGUUUCUCGGCGAGCGUGACCAACUUCCUCGUCCGCAUCACCGGGCUCAACAGCAUACGCCUUGGCUCGGACACAGAAGCCGAGGUAGUUGAGCUCGCCUUCAGCAUUACGACGAAGAUCCGCAUGGAUCGCUCUAUCCUCCCGGCAUGGUUCGAGCCCCAGCGAGAUCGCGACGACGGACGCACAGAUCCUCAAUCGACGGCCCAGGACAAGCGCAAGAACUUUGUCGGCCGUACCCAGAAGCAAGACUUCCCCCUUUUCUACAUCCUGAUGGACUACAUUCACCAAGAGGGCAAAGUCGGCGAUUUUGCUCGCACCGGUCUCCUAUACAUCAUCGAGGCUGCCGCAAGCUCCGAGUCACUCGAACAAUGGAUCGUCGAAAGCGAUCUCUCCACCCUCAUGGCCACCGGCCUGGGAGCUUUAUACAGCCAGCUAAGCCGCAAGCUCGUCAUCGACCAUCUUCCCCACGAUCUUCCUCCCGUUCUCGCCCUCUCCGACUACCAACAUCCCGUCUCUAACCAGGAGAUUGUCAGCUCCUGCUCUGCCGAGUUUCAACUACACCUGCAGACCUUCCUUUCCCACCUUCUCUUCUGGCAGGAUGUAUUGGAGCAUUGCAAGUCUGUCGAGAUCAAGCAGACACUCCUCGAGCAUUUCCAGGUUAUCUUCCUGCAGCAGCUGUUGUAUCCCUCGCUUCUCGAAUCGUCUGAUAUAGAUGGCGGCUCCUCCGUGGCGGUUCUGACCUAUUUGCGACGGAUUCUCGAGUCCCUAGAUCACCCUGAUAUGGUCCAUCUCAUUCUUCAUUACCUCCUCGGACUCUCAGACCGCACCCCGCCUGAUUCGGCGGACGAUAAGACGACAAUAAGCGAUGCCCGCAAGCGCAAGUCGAUGGACCUUGCCUCGAUGCUGGCUCAGACCCAGUCGGACUUGACGGCGACGCCUCUCUUGUUUAACCUCGUUGACCUGAUUCUUGCCUGUCUACGGUCACAAAACCAACAAACCAUCCACGUCACCCUGCAGCUCGUAUCGGCCAUUCUCAAAAGGCAUCACCGCUACGCCGUCAUGACCAUUUUGCGGACAGAGGGCGUUGUGGGAGAAAGAGCGCAUCGGACGGUGGGCGCGCAUGAGCAAGAAGUUGACUUUUUCGUCAAUCUGGUGGGCUGCAUUGGCGGCCGUGACAACUUCGACGAGGUGUAUGAAAACAUUUUGAAAGACACUAUGGCCCGGUUAGAGAGCCACCCCUGUUCGUUAAAAUUGGUCGCACCCAGGCUCUCCAUCCACAACCACCAGCUGCCGGCCAUUCCCGACGGUUUGCCGGGUGCUCCCCGCAGCGUCCGUGAGCACACGUUACGUCCGGAUGACCCGCUGCUAAACACUCUGCUGGACCUGUUGGAGACGUUCUUCCUGAACCCCGUCGAUACCAACCUGUCGCUCACGGAGACGAUUGUGAACUUGGCCACUUGUGGGUACAUGACCGUGGAAGGUUGGCUUCUCCGAAAUCCGCAAAAAUAUACAUAUGAUGAGCAACCCGCCGACUCCACCUCUCCGACGAGUCCAACCCCCACUUCCCCCGGGGGCUCACCCGUUGACGCCGAGUUCUCGUCAGCGGCCGAGCUGCAAAAGAUCCAGGCAAUCAAGGACUGCCAAAGACGACCGAUAUGGGCACCGCCGACCUUGCCGCGUUUCCUGACCCUUCUACAGAAGCUCUGCAACCAGGUAUCAGAGUAUCGCGGAUGCAUCCCCCGGUUUGACGAUCUUCUUCAGCAGCGACGAGAGGCGUUUCAUACAACCGACGCAGCGCAAGUGCCAGCGACGCCGCGCCCGAAUCGUAAACCGACUCCUCACCAACAAGGGUCGACUCUCACGCCCGACGGGGCGAGCCCCGAUGCGCUUUCGCGCAGCGCGUCGCCGGCGCGACCCUCGGGCAUCGAGGGAUUCGCACAGCGUCUCCUGUCCGAUCUCGGCACCCCUGGCCGGGGGACCAACAGUCCCCGCGGUGCCAAAGAGCAGCAGCACCACCGUGGAUCCGGCGCCGCAAGCCCGACUCCCGGGGCCGGAUCUCUGGCUGGCGGGGGGAGUCACGGCGUUGCCACCCCGACGGGACGACCGACGCCCCCGCCCAAGGAUUACCCGCCUCACGUGUACGAAGGUCCGGCGAAAGGCGGGGAACGGAUGCGUAGCAUAUCGCCCGGCAGCGGCAGCAUGAGGAUCGCGACGCAGGAGGAUGUGGUCGCGAAUCAGAUGGCUGCGUUCACUGUCGUGGAUCAGAGUAUCCUGUCGAGGCGGGUGGGGAUCCCGCAUAAUGUGGAAGCGAUACCGCUGAGACUGGAGCGGGAGCAGCAGCAGACGUCGGGGGCGGAGCAGGCGACACCGCAUAUCCCGCCUCCCAAGGAUGAUGAUCCGCAAGAAGACGAUGUGGGGGGUGAGGAGGAGGAAGCUGAGAGCGGAGAAGGCGAGGACGGUAUGACGCGGGAUAAGGAUGGUGAGCUAGGGGAGUCGGCCGAAGACGGCGAGCGAGACGAGGAAGGGGAGGAAGGGGAGGAGACGGCGCGGAUGGCAUCCGUGUCGCAUGUCAUCACUAAUGUUCUCAUAUUCCAGAGCUUCUUGUUGGAGCUGGCGGCUCUGGUGCAGGUGAGGGCCAGCUUAUUCGACGAGGUGCGGUUCGUCUAGGAUUUGGUGUGGCUUCGUCUCGCUGCCCCAUGAGAGGACCGAGUGUUUCUUCUGGAAACAUCAUUUCACAGCACACACUCUUGUUCAUUUGUACGGGUUCAGGGGCGGAGGUGGAUCAUAUAUUCAGUUUUAGGGCAUCAGCGUAGGAUUGGCAUUCCCCUUCUUGCAUUUAUAGAGGGAGUGGGCUCGGAGACGGGAUGCUCUGGCUCUGCACGUUAGACCGACUAGUUGUUGUAGUUAUUCAAAACAGCCUCCUUGAGGUGAGGCAUUCGCUUCUUGACUGUCGGAUGGCGAUGUCGAUCGUUGACUACGGG